UUUUCACAUCGUGUCUUAGUUCUCACAAAGGCACGCUUCAAAUGACGGAUAAAAACCCGUCUUCCCGACUUCAAGAAGCUUCUUUCUCUUACUGCACAGGAGUCCUCUUACAGAACUCAGAUCCUGACAUUAUUUUCAAUAAAAUUUUGUGCCGCCGCAAGUUUUAAAUUUAUUGUCUCCUGGAAGCUUUGGCUGAAGACUACUCAGCUCGUCACUGAAUUAAUGGCUUUGGGGGUUCUUUUUCCCCAGUUGAGUUUCUGUGUCUUUUACGCGUUUGGUUUUAUGGUCCGUUGGAGGUUUUUUCACGCUGAGGGUGAAGAUUCUUAGUUUCAAUUAGCAUAAAAGCUGCUCCAAGGCCGCUGGGUCUUCAGUUCCAUUCUAUUCAAAAUAUUAAUUCCUGAGGCACGCAACCUGCGCCCUACUGUCCUUUGUCCCACCGCUUCUCGAGAUUAUCUUCGUGUUUUAAGAGAGAGAACGCCUUCCCGCCACACCCGUGGGCUGCAACGCACAGCGCAUGCGGCUGUUCGCUCUGGAGAGCACCACAAAACGCAUGCGACAGUCCGCCGGCGUGGGCGGAGGAGAAACGCGUCGGCGCCCGGCGGUGACGUCAAAAGGCCGCGCUGUACUUCGGCUUGUGCGGCUUCGGCAAGAAGGUUUCCUGGUCUGUUGCAGCCAUGGUCCAUUGCAGUUGCGUGUUGUUCAGAAAGCAGGCCAUCGCAGCUACAGAUUUUAAUCUGUGUAUGGAAAUUUCAUCGAUAACCUAAGACUCUUCACCAAGGGAGGAUCCGGUGGAAUGGGUUAUCCUCGUUUAGGUGGAGAAGGUGGAAAAGGUGGUGACGUCUGGGUUGUAGCCCGGAACAGAAUGACUUUAAAACAACUUAAAGACAAGUAUCCUCAGAAACGGUUUGUGGCUGGAGUAGGAGCAAACAGCAAAGUUAGUGCACUGAAAGGCUCCAAAGGAGAAGACUGUGAAAUCCCUGUGCCUGUGGGUAUUUCAGUAACUGAUGAAAACGGUAAAAUUAUAGGAGAACUCAAUAAGGAGAAUGACAGAAUUUUGGUAGCUGAAGGAGGUCUUGGUGGUAAAUUACUUACAAAUUUCUUACCAUUGAAAGGCCAGAGACGAAUAAUUCACCUUGAUCUAAAAGUUAUAGCUGAUGUAGGCCUAGUAGGAUUCCCAAAUGCUGGAAAAUCCUCUUUGCUAAGUUGUGUUUCUCAUGCAAAACCUGCAAUCGCAGAUUACGCAUUUACAACAUUAAAGCCUGAACUUGGAAAGAUUAUGUACCGUGAUUUCAAACAGAUAUCAGUAGCUGAUCUUCCGGGUUUAAUAGAAGGAGCACAUAUGAACAAAGGAAUGGGCCACAAAUUCCUCAAGCAUAUAGAAAGAACUAGACAACUACUUUUUGUUGUUGAUAUUUCUGGAUUUCAGCUUUCUUCUCACACUCAAUACAGAACUGCUUUUGAAACCAUAAUACUGCUUACAAAAGAGUUGGAAUUGUACAAAGAGGAACUUCAGACAAAACCUGCACUUCUGGCAGUUAAUAAAAUGGACUUGCCAGAUGCCCAAAGUAAGUUCCAUGAAUUGAUGAACCAACUCCAGAAUCCUAAAGAUUUUCUGCAUUUAUUUGGAAAAAACAUGACUCCAGAGAGGACUGUAGAGUUCCAGCAUAUCAUCCCCAUAUCUGCAGUUACUGGAGAAGGAAUCGAAGAAUUAAAGAACUGUAUAAGAAAGUCACUGGAUGAACAGGCCAACCAGCAAAAUGAUGCACAUCAUAAGAAACAAUUGGUUAAUUUGUGGAUUUCUGAUACAGUGUCUUCUAGUGAGCCACCAUCAAAGCAUGCUGUUACUACUUCCAAAAUGGAUAUAAUUUAAAUAUAUUAAAAAUGGUAUUAAUGGAAUAGUAUUUAAUGCUUAAAAACAAGGAAAUCCUUUCGUCUGUGAUAACCUGGAGGACACAUUAAGUAAAAUAAGCAAGGCUUAGAAAGACAAAUACUACAUAAUCUCACUUACAUGUGGAAUCUUAAAAAGUUGAACUCAUAGAAGGAGAGAACAGAAUUUGGUUAUCAAGGGCUGGUGGGGCAGUGGAGGAUUGAGGAGAUGGUCAAAAUAUGCAAAAUUUUGGUUUUAGACAAGGAAACUGAGUUCAAGAGAUCUAUUGUACAGCUUGGUGACUGUAACAACAAUGAAUUUUGAAAGUUAUUGAGUACAUUUUAAGUGGUUUUUCCAAAAGGCACGUAAGGUAAUGCACAUUAAUUGGCUGUAUUGAGCCAUUCCACAAUGUAUAGAUAUUUCAAACAUGUUACACAUGAUAAAUCCAUAGUUUUUCUGUCAUUUUUUAAAAUUAUAUUUAAAUUUUUUAUUUUGAAAGCUUUUUCACAGAUCUUUUUUUUAGUAUUAUUACCUUCUGAUACCUGUGUCAUUGUUCAAGAACCAUACCUUUUAAAGUUAUCAUUUUGUAAUUAAGUACCUCAACAGUAAAAAGUAACUAGUGGCCAGGCAUGGUGGCUCACGCCUGUAAACCCAGCACUUUCGGAGGCCGAGGAGGGCAGAUCACUUGAGGUCAGGAGUUCAAGACCAGCUUGGCCAACAUGGCUAAACCCUGUCUCUACUAAAAAUAUGAAAAACUACCCAGGCGUAGUGGCACAUGCCUGUUGUAGUCCCAGCUACUCUAGAGGCUGAGGCGAGAGAAUCGAUUGAACGCAGGAGGUGGAGGAUACAGUGAGCCCGAAAUUGUGCCACUACUCCAGCCUGGAUGACAGAGCUAGACUCCAUCUCAUAAAAAAAAGAGCUAAAAAAUUACAUUUUACAAGUUUAUGGCCAGCCCACCUAUAAUAACAUUCUCUGAUAUUCCUUUACUUAGGAUGUCCCUAUUGAGAUCAUUUUUUAAAUUUAUGUAGAAGGAUUCUGUAGAUUAUUAUUAGAAUGAACAAUUCAGUUUUGUUUGUUUUUGAGCCUGUCUUGUACCUGGUUGCACUAAAUAUAUAAUAGUUAUCUUUUGUGGAGACCAUAAAACCCUAAAUUUGAACACGUGUUCAAUGAUGAUAAAGAUAUAACAGAAACUAACAGAUAGGUGUUUGUGAUUUGAGCUUUUGGAAAAUUUUCUUUUCUUGAGUACAGUAUUUUUUCCUGAAUUGGAGGAAGCCGAUCUAUAUGUUUUGUUUUUCUUUUGUCCUAGUCUGUUUCACUCUUUUGUCCUAAUCUAUUUAAUUUCCCACUUUGUUAUUUUAGUAAGGAGAGAAUAAAUAGAAAGUGCAGGCCAACCAUGGUAGUUUGGGCCAGACAUAGUGAUACAUGCCUGUAAUCCUAGCACUUUGGGAGGCCAAGGUGGAAGUAUUGCUUGAGCCCAGGAGUUCAUGCCUGAGCAACGUAGCGAGACCCUGGCUUUCUAUAAAACAGAAUGCAAACUUUAGUAUUACCGACAAUCAAUAUAAGAGAUUGCAAUUUCUGAAUUUCUACCUGUUUCACAAAUACAAAUUGGACAUUUUCCUUUUAAAUGAGUUUUAUUAUAAAAUGUACAUAUUGAUUGUAGAAACAAAAAAUUCAAACAGUACAAAACCAUGUAAGUAAAUGAUAAAAGCUCCCUUCUUUGUGCAUUAGGCCCCUCAGUGGGAAAAUGAUUGUUAAUAGUUUACGUUCUUGCAGAAAUUUUUUAUGCAUAAAUUUGUACCCAAAUAAAUUAAUUAUAUAAAUGUUUUCUAACUUAAUUUUUUUUUACAAAAUAGUAACAAGUUAAUGAGCUUUAAAAAAAUUGUACUUCAGGCCAGGCAUGGUGGGUUCAUACCUGUAAUCCCAGCACUUUGGGAGGCUGAGGAAGGAAGACCACUUGAGGUCAAGAGUUCAAGACCAGCCUGGCCAACAUGGCAAAAACCCAUCUCUACUAAAAUACAAAAAUCAGCUGGGCAUGGUAGUACAUGCCUGUAAUCCCAGCUACUCGGGAAACAGGCAGGAGAAUCACUUGAACCCAAGAGGCGGAGGUUGCAGUGAGCUGAGAUCGCGCCAUUGCACUCCAGCCUGGAGGACAAGAGGGAGACUUCUGAAAACAAACAAACAAACAAGAAAAUACUUCAAAAAUUAUUCUUCAAUGCUGUUUUUAAAUUAGAAAUUAUUUUGGAAUUUAAUGUUGCAUACAGCCUGAGAUAGGGCUAUUCAUCCUCUUGUAAAGUAUUAAAGAAAAAUAAUGCAUUGUUCUCAGCUUAAAUUUAUUUCUGAUUUGACAACAUGAGUGACAUUUUCCCAGUAUUAUUUCACUUAUAUUUGUUUUAUUUUCUGUUCCUGACUCCUACCUCCCAUUCCAGUCCCCAAACUGGCUUUUUUAUUUCUUUUUUCUUCAUUGCUCACGUACUUAUUGAGUGUCUCUCCUAUACCAGGCACUGUCCAAGGUGCUGUAUGUAACAUGUUGACGAGAACAGACAGGACCUACUGCCCUUGUAUAUCUUGCAUUUGAUAACAGAAACUGCAGGGGAUUGGAAUAGCCUCUUUCCUUAACAAGAAAAGAAUAAGAGUGAGGAAAAACGUUUGGAAUUUGUAGUGAUCACAGUGACCAAGUUUUGUAUUGGGUAUGUUUUACAUUUGUAACUUCAGUGCUAUUUUUUUUUAAGCUCCAUUAUUUUCUAAAUGUAAACAAGUAGCAAUAUAAGGAUAGUUUCAUCAGGUGAAUGUGUGGCAAAGGGUAGUAGAUGUGUGUUCAGGAUUAUUUGCCCUGUCAGUAGUGCCCAGGGUGCCACUCCAUGACUAACUGAAACAUUUUAUUAUGUGACUCACUAAGAUGUUCAAUUCAUUAGUAUUUUCUGGUUACUGAAAGUGUUCUCUAUGUAUCUUUUUUUGACCUUUGAUUUUUAUUCUGAUGGAGAAAAUCAGAUUCCUUUUUUAUAUUAUAAAAAAUAAUUUUGAAACAUAAGGACUUAUUUUGAAGUAAGUCUUUUAACAUUAUCUCAGAUGCAUUUUAUUUUGUCCUUAAGUAAGACUUUUCAUUUUUACGUUUCAAGAUGCAAUUUUCAAAAUACGUACUUUUUUGAAACACUUAUUACUGAAUAACCAGAGUAUUAAAUUCAAUGUAUAGCAAAUUUUUACAAAGUCCCAGUAGUUCUUGCAGAGCUUUCUAUAAUAUCAGAUUUAUUUACUAUCAUGAAAUAGAAGUUUAUACAUUAUUAAGUAUAUUGUACUAUGAAGUUGGACCUGUGCACUGAAAAAUUCCAAAAUACCUAUUAUAUUGUGCUUUUUGUGAUAUAUAUUCAUAUUAUUUAUUAUAGCAAGAUGAACUUUUUUUAAAAUGGUAAACAUGUAUUAGUUACAUAAUCAGGAAAAAAGUCAUCUUUUAUAAUGAGAAAAAUUAGGUCAAGGAUAUUUCGUUUCAAGUUGUGUCCAAUUAGUUUUCUUGUAAAGUUAUGUGUUUUCUUUUAUCUCAGUGCUUAUUUGCUCUGCAAGGAUGGAGGUUAGAGAUUCCUUUCAGUAGUGAAAGCUACAGACUUUUCUUGCCGAAAAAGGUACAUAAACACAUAAAAUAUUUUCCAAGCAGUUUCACAGUGUUUGCAAAGUUCAGAUUGAAAACCCAGUUUUACAAAUCCAAUCUAGAAAUUUGCAGUGUCAUUAAGGUAUAUUAAAAAUAAUUUUUCAAAGCAGUAGCAUACGUGCACUUUAAAAUUGUAGCUUAAUAAAAAUUAGCAAUAAUAUAACUUGUGUAGACCUACACAAAAGAUA